CAGGAUGGUGUCCCAUCAAUGGAGGAGGUUUGCUUUCUUCAGUAAGGAAGUUGUUAAAGAUGAAAACGGGGACAAGUGGUCCGGUCUUCAGGAUAUAGACAUAACAUGUACAGCUAGUGGGAGAGGUAAACUACUGAUUGGAGACAGUAAAGGUCACCUGCACUGUCUCACUCAGGACAUGAAGGAUGUGGAGGUCAGGAAACUGUACGAGACUCGUCUCACACAUCUGGUACAAAUACCUAAAGCUAAACAGAACAUUGUGGUUACUGUCGGGGAGGACGAACCUGCGCAUCCUAUACUCCGGGUGUGGAACAUGACCCCACGGUUAGCUGACAGUGGCUGUGUUCGUUACGUAGACCUGACGACCCUCUCCAAAACUAACGUUACAAUUAACGUGACUUGUAUUGUUGUCAGUGAUAACAUGUCUAACAUGGCAGUAGGAUUAGCAGAUGGAACUGUGUGGCUGUUUUACAAACACGACAUUACAAGGGAGCAGCGAUACAAAGUGAUCCACUCGGACAAGGCGUCUAUAACUGGACUGGCGUUCAACAAGGAAGUGGCAUUGUUUGUUGCUACUGAAACUGCGGUGCAUUCCUACAAACGGGUAUCAGAUAGCAACCCCUUGCCGACGUUUCUCUCCAGUGAGGGGUGUGGUCUGGGCCUGUCCCUCCUUACUGAUCACCAUCAGUACCAUCAGUUCCUUAUUGCUCCUAAGAAUAAGUUCCUUUUCUUUACUGUGGACGAUCCUGGAAAUAACCUCCCCAUGGAUGGUACCAGGUCCCACAUAGCGUGGUACAGGGGAUGUCUGGUGUCCGUCUCUUUCGCCAGGAGAACCAUGCUAAAACAGGACUCUAUCUGCGACCUGACCAUCUACGAUAUGAGCAACAAGUUUAUAGGGUUCACUGGAACGUUCCCACCAGUUAAAGCUCUGUUAGUAGAAUGGGGAUCUCUUUAUGUUAUCGGCAAAAACAACGAGAUCUAUAAACUCAAUGAGAAAGGGAUCCAAGAGAAGAUAGAUAUCUUAAAGAGGAAAUGUUUGUAUGAUGAUGCUAUACAGUUAGCUAAGAACAACCAGGACGAUCACAUGAACCUCAUUAAGGCGCACGGUGAUCAUCUAGCUAGUAAAGGGGAUCACGACGGAGCUAUAUCCAAGUAUAUCGGUACUAUCGGUCACGUGGAGCCUUCCUAUGUAAUCAGGAAGUUUCUAGAUGCUCGCCGUAUUCAUAACCUCACACAGUACCUAGAAGCACUACACGAAGCAAACGUAGCGAACCAAGAUCACACAACCCUGCUACUAAACUGUUACACUAAACUAAAGAAUGUGCAAAAGUUAGAGCAGUUUAUUAGAAGUGAGGGGGAACUGAACUUUGAUGUGGAGACUGCUAUCAAGGUUUGCAGACAAGCUACUUAUUUUGAUGACGCUGCUUACCUAGCCAAGAAGUUCAACCAAUACGAUUGGUACGUUCACAUACAAAUAGAAGAUAAGCAGGACUACAGAACUGCACUUGAUUACAUUAAUGAGUUACCUAGCCUGGAUAAGAAGAAGGAAAACGUUAAGAACUUCGGAAAACAGCUGAUGGACCACCUUCCUGAGGACAUGACAGAGUUUCUAAUACAGCUGUGUGGGGAGACUGAGGAUCCACCUCCACCAGAGGAGUUCAUACCUCUCUUUGUUAACAGGAAUGACUGUCUGAUACUGUUUCUCGAAGCUAUCGUGGAUAGACAACCUGAAUCAUCUUCUCAAGUUUAUAAUGCGCUGCUGGAGCUGUACUUAAGAGAUUCCCAGAAGGAAGAGUGUAGGGAGAAGAGAACAGAACAGGUAGUGGAGAUGCUGCAGAACGACACUGCUAGGUAUGACCCUGACCACGCCCUGCUCCUAAUGCAGCUGUACAGACUCCAACCUGGUAUUGUUAUACUCUGUGAGAAGCGUGGUCUUUACCAACACGUAUUGGAUUGUUACUGUGAGGACAACGAGUAUAAGAGUAUAAUGGACCUGUGUUGGAGGCUUGGUACUGAGGAGGCAUCACUCUGGGUACAAGCUCUCAGGUAUUUUGCAGUUCGGGAGGACGAGGAGAGUAGAGAACACGUGGCUGAGAUCCUACAGUACAUCGAACAGAAGAACCUUCUUCCUCCUCUAAUGGUGGUAAAAGCUUUAUCAGAGAACGCUAAAACUCCCAUAUCAGUGCUGAUGAACUACAUAACACGACACAUACAGAUAGAGGAAGAGCAGACAAAUGAGAAUGAGAUCCUGAUCAAGAAAUAUUCUGAGGAAGCUACUAAAAUGCGGGAAGAGAUAAAGAAGCUAAAGACAGAACCAGUAAUCUUCCAAACAAACAAGUGUACUCAGUGUGUGAAGAAACUGAACCUACCUGCUGUUCAUCUCCUCUGUAAACAUUCCUGGCAUCAGCAGUGCUUCGAAGAGUUAGCUGAUCUGGAGGAAGAUUGUCCUAUUUGCUCCCACGAUAACAGACAAACUCUCGAACACCUUAAAUCUCUUGAUCAGAUAGAAAACCUGGAUCAACAGUUCUUUAGAAGUGUUGAAAACGCCCCUGACCCCUUUACUGCUGUAGCUGACUUCUUUGCUAAAGGAGUGUACAACAAGCCUGUGGUAAUUGACGGGGAAAAGAAAUCAAAGCUGCAAGUAACCCGUUCCAGACCUCAAGUAACACCAGGAUUACCAGGGUUACCAGGGUUACCAGGGUUACCAGGGUUACAACAGUCCUACCAGGGGGGAGGCAGGGCUAGAUCUAGUGCUGUUACCAGGGAGGCCAUUGUGUUUGAUAACUCUCCUCCUUCGCAGCUGAUACCCCAGGAUAAUCCCUUCGCUGAACCUGAGUCUAACAACCCCUUCGCUGCAACCCCGGUUACCAGCACCAACAACCCCUCCGACCAGAAUCCCUUCGCUGCUGAUGACCCGGUUGAGGAGUCCAAUAACCCCUUUGCUGACGAUGAUAACCCGUUCGGGAGUGAUUCUGUGGCGAGGAGUCCUAUUCAGUUUAUAUCGUAGCUGUGUUUCAGUGGUCUUAUUGGUUUGUAACUUGGAGCUGUUUGGGGUUUGUGUUGUGUGAUUUAAAACUGCUGGACAGUUAGCAGGGAUGUGGAAUGUUUUGAAUUAUGUGGAUCUGGUUCUGGAAUGUGUCAGUAAAAACUGAACAAUCACAAUUUAUUAACUGUUGAAAUGAUUUUGGAACUACAAUUUUUCUAUGUACGGUGUUGUGACUUGCGGGUUCUUCAAAACUUAUUAUUAUUGUACUCAAGACAAUAAUGUCUUCUGGAUAAUUGUUGAAAUUGAAGAUAUCUUUGUUCGAAAAAAUUAAUUAUGUGAAUACAAAAAUGUAAGUUCAGUAAUCAACGUGAUCAAAUGUCAUUGAUUGAAAUGUAUACGUUACACAUUUUGUCGCUGUCUUGAUUUCGUUUCGGUACGAUUUGUUUAAAUAUUUUGAAUUUCUUUUCGAUGCAAAUUGUAUGUAAUUAAAUUUGAUGUUUUUAUAUUAUAAUGUAACCUCUUUUCGAAUUAUUUGCAUUCAAAUCCCAUGGAAAUUAAAUGAAAAUCUGUGGUCACUACCAUAUAUAAUACCACUUAU